UAGCGGCUAAAAUAUGUUAAGGAAAAUUUCAAUUAAAUGAUACAUAUCUUUCCUUAAGGAAAGGUAAAUUAAUGUGUUCUUACUCUGCACUGUACUAUAAAGUAUGGAAGGGAAUGAAAUGAACGUUUUUGUUCAAACCCAUUCGGGUGAAAGCGAAAAAGACGAAAAUUCGAUUAGUGACAGUAUAACGCGUCAUAGUAAAAGUGGUUUUGGACAUUUUGUUGAAGAAUCUACCCUUAGAAAUAUUUCACUGGAUGAACUUGAAGAAUUAAGUGAUGCUGGUUGUUUGUCUGGUGUCGAUGGAAAUAUCAGAAGAACGCCUAGUUCUGUUAGUAGUGAACAAGCUGUCAGACUAGCUGUUAUUCUGGAAUGGCAUAAUAGUUAUUGUAAUAAACCAGAAGGAAUAUUAAGGCUUGCUCUUUGGAUUUGUUCUACAAUAAGCUUAGGUUGCUUGACAAGUGCUGGAUCAACUGACAUUGAUGUGCUGGACAUGCCAUUUUCAUCAUCUGUACGUGCUCAUAUUUUUGUAACUGUUUUUGCCAUUCUUGUUGCUGUUGGAUUUUUUCUGCUUGGAAUAACGACCCUUGUUGAAAGUUUUCCUAUAUAUUGGAAUAUUAUCGAUGCAGCUCUGCAUGGAAGUUUGUGCAUGCUUUAUAUAUUUUCUUCAACAAUGCUUCUUCAUGCUGAGCAUCACUUUCAUACCUCUGACUCUCCUAUAACACAAUGGACUAAAGUGCAGAUGUCUAUAUCAGCUGUAUUUGGUUUCCUUUGUAUGUUGAUAUGUGUGUUUAUUACUAUAAUUCGUGCUUGUGCCAGCAAAUCUCCUGCAGUUCCCGAAGAUAUUGUGUUGACUGCCUUGAGAUCUAGCUAACCUGAAGCAUUAUCAGAUUUUUUGAAAAAUACUGGAAUUUAUUACCAAAUUUCAUUUGGUAACUAGCUUCAAUAUCAUCAUUGUUAUUGUGAAAAAGCUUAUUUAUAAUUAUCAUGGAAUCAUCACUAUAAAAGUGAUUUUUUUUUUCACUUGUUGCUUGUGAACUUUAUCAUGUGUUAUUUGCUUAGAACAUUUACAUCAUAUUGCAGGUUUAAUGUCUUGUAAAAUCUUUGUUGUGUAAAUUAAUUUUUAUUUAUUAGGUGAUGAAACCAAUUAAGAGCUACAUAAGGAUGAACAAAAUGUGCGUUUUUAAAAUAUUUCUGGAUUUUUAGAAUUAAUAUGAUCAUUACUUGUGUGCGAGUUGAAUAGGAGAUUGAGUGUUUUUUGCUAUUCAACUCGCACUCAGUGAGUGAUUGGUUUUUGUAAUACACCUGAAUCAUUUAUGUUUCAAUGGUAACACUUUGUUGUGACAUGUUUACCCUUUUGUAUCAUGGUAUUAAAGUCUAGUAAACUAUUGUAUUUGGAACGAAGUGGCAAACUUCUCUAAUGUGGAACACAGAAAUGUGAUGAUUUUGGAUUUUGUGUUUAAAGCUGAUGUCAUGAAAUGUAAUUCAAAUAUUUGUUUAUUUUGCAGCACGAUAAGAUAUACAGUCAAAAGUCGUUAAUUCGGACACCCAUAAUCCGGACCUCAAAGCUACAAACUUUCUGCGCAUGCGUCGAGU